UUUUUUUUUGUAGUGUUAUGUAAAAUACAGGUUCUAAAUAGCUGCCUAAUGGUCUCAGAGCCCUCAGAACAGCCCCAGAAGAUUUUACCAAGUAUAUUUUUAGAAGUUACAUUCUCAACUGUUGCUCUGUCAUCUUACUAAAAACUUAACAAGUAAAUUGGAACAUGAAGUCAAUACAUAUCUAGAGUAAUGCAAUUUUGAAAUAGGGAAACUGGCCAAGAUACCAAGAUAUAUCUAAAUAUAUAUCAGAUAUAUAGCUGAUAGUUGAAGAAACUGAAGGAUUUCCACUAAAGGAGGGGAUGUGUGUGUACAUCCAUAUAUAAGUUCUGUGUAGAAGCCAAAAGACUGGACACUUCUGUGUCUCAAAAAUAAAAUAUAUAUAUCCUCAAAAAGAUGUGGAUCAAGAGCAAGAAACUUACUGCUCAAAUAACGUGGGCUAAAUCCAAGGAGCAGACUAUGUUACAGUGUAGCCAUUACAGUAUUUCAGUGUAGUAUUUCUCAUCUUUCUGUCUCUGACACCCAAGACAGAGCUUCUGUUAUUCUUGCCAAGUGUCAGCCAGCUGUCUUGACCUCAGAAAUCAGUGCUGUUCUCUGACAUAAUGUACCCUUCUUUGGAAUGCCAUCAUGGCUUUGGGCACUCAGGGCUUCUGCUUUAACUCACGUGAAGAUGUGAUUGGAGCGGUAUUGUCACGCCACUGACCUUCAGAUGUUUUAACUUGAGCUUCCUGUACAGCCAGUGGUGAGAAAUGCUCAGAAUGGAUUCAGGCCUAAGUUAAACUCUUGUUUAACUCUUGGCACAGCUAAGCAAUAAAAGUGUAAUCCAAAUUACUCUCUGGAGGAACCUUGCUUUCUUCACUAGCCUCUUAGUUUAGAUAUCAAAAUUAAUGUCUAGUUUUGGGUUACAUGGUUAUCCUACAGUACGAUAAAAGGGCAAGGAAUGAACAUUUAGAAAAAAAUUUCUUAACCAGUGAUUUAUCUUUAAAGGACUUGAAAAUAAUGGUUCUUUGACAAUAGCAAAUGGCCCAGGGGAUUCCUGUUUUCCUGUGAGCUCGUCUUUUUUUUUUUUUAAAGCUUAUAUUUUACUAUAUUACAGGCUGAGCAUUGCCCAUCCUGUAGGAAAAACAGAAGGCAGAGAGCUUGAUAUGAGCUAGACAUCUGCCCUGCGUAGAACAAAAUCAUACUUCUGAAAAAAAGAGACUGUAUUUGUGCCUUGCAAUUGGACAACAGUGCUCUUUGCAGUCCUUGAAGAGAAAAAGUCUUCUUCACUCAGAGGGAACCAGCAGAUGAACGAUGAUGAAAACUUAGGAAGUCUCAGUUGCUUCUCAGAGGGUGGACUAAUGAGCAGCUAAUUUUUUUUAACAUGUUCUUAUGCCAUUAUUUUCAGCCAAAUCAGCAAGUAGAUCUAUGUGGCCAAACAGAUACUGGAACAGCAGAAGAGCAGGCAGAAGUGCUGGUGGGACAGAAGGGCAGGGCUGCUUCUCUUGUGUUAGGCAGUCUUAGAUUGGCUAAAUCGUAAGUUACAUCUUUGGCAAUUCUUCAGCAAGGACUCAAAUAUGCAGGUGGCUGCCUGGAUUGCAGUCUUUGGGCAUAACCAGACUUGCAGAGUUAGAGAGUAUUUCCAAAUGCAGUUUAACAUCUUGUUCUCAAUUUGAUGCUGCCCUGCCUCAUGUUGUCACAAUGUGCUGGAGCCAAGAAUAAGCAGAGUUAUGAAACAGGUCAGCCUUCCUUACUGAAACUUUGGUCACAGCUGAAAUCUGAAGAAACUGGAAGAUUCCCACUGAAAUGAAGAGUGUUACCACAUACUGGUUGAUCUGACCCUUUGUAGUCAGAAUAAACCCCAUUUUGCAAAAAGGUGUAAACAGCAAAAUUUCAUUGUUACUAAUUCAGUUUUGUGCAUCUGAAUUUUCCCUUCUUGUUUCAACAAAUUACAGGAUCUGACUGCAGAUUCAGUCAGGUGCUUUUGUAUAAUGUUGCCAAGUACGGUCAUACUGCCACACUUCAUCAUAUAUGUGGGUGCACUGAAAAAUACACACACAUUUAUAAAGCACUGUAGGAUCUUUCUGAGUGAAUGGCAUUAUAAAGAGAAGAUAAUUAUUCCAACAUUUAAUCCAGAUUUUCUAUAUAAAGCACAUUUUGGGAUUGUGAAAAGAACCAAAACAUGUAACAAUUUUGGGGUAAGAGAGGAGUCCUUUUUAUUUUUAAGUAUAAUAUUAGUAUAAAGUUAGAAAUGAGUCAUUCUCUAACUAAUUUCUGACUUGGUGACUCAUGCUCUUGGCAAACUAAUUAUCCAAGACAAGUGACUCAGAAAUAGAUGCUACUGGCUGUUGCUGUUACAACUAGACAUGAGGCUUGAUUUUGGGUAUAACAAAUGUACCUAUACCCUGCAAAUUAUACCACAGUGCUGCUCAAGGAUGUAUUACACAUGCAAAUUUCUUUAAUCUGAUGUUUUGAUUUCAGUUUUAGGUGGAUGGUAUAUAGCUAGGUUCUGGGUGUCUAAAGCAGACAUGGCCACCAAGAGUUUAAGCAGUGUACUUCGAGGAGGAAAAUCUAAUGUGUUUGUAAGAUACUAUCACAGUGCAGGUCUGAUCUGAUGAAACCACAACUAAUGCCAAUGCCUGCCUAUAAAGGGAAGAGAACCCAGCCUAUAAACUUGGGAUUUCUGGCCUCUUAUUAGGCAUAGGAAGUGAAGUUCUCUGUUGUUACCUGUUUCAUUGUCAUUAAUAUCCAUGGAAUUUCAUGUCAGCAUUUAAGCUCUGGGAGUACAGACCAGUGCAAGUAAAAAAUCUCUGUGCAGCUGACUAUUGAUGGUAGAACCAGUUUCUCCUCCUCUUCAGAUGUGGCAGUGCUGAAUAAGGAAGAUUGGGAUGAAAGACAGCAACCACAAUCUCUAACCUCAUCUCAGAACUGCCAGAGGAUAACUGUAGAAACCACUUGGACUGCUGCAAAGGCUGGCCACAGGGAUGGGCAGGAUGCGUUCCCAUGGUUUGGAAUGGAUAUCGGUGGAACAUUGGUUAAACUGGUCUACUUUGAACCUAAGGACAUUACUGCAGAGGAGGAACAGGAGGAGGUGGAAAACCUGAAAAGCAUUAGGAAAUACUUGACCUCUAAUACAGCCUAUGGUAAAACUGGCAUUCGCGAUGUCCAUCUUGAACUGAAAAAUUUGACUAUGUGUGGACGCAAAGGAAACCUGCACUUCAUCCGCUUUCCCAGCUGUGCCAUGCACAGGUUCAUACAGAUGGGUAGUGAAAAGAACUUCUCCAGUUUGCACACUACGCUCUGUGCCACAGGAGGUGGAGCUUACAAGUUUGAGGAGGACUUUAGAACGAUUGCUGACCUACAGCUCCACAAACUGGAUGAAUUGGACUGUUUGAUCCAGGGCCUCCUUUUUGUUGAUUCUGUUGGUUUCAAUGGCCAACCAGAGUGCUAUUACUUUGAAAAUCCCACAGAUCCUGAACAGUGCCAGAAAAAGCCUUACUGCCUUGAUAAUCCAUAUCCUAUGCUGCUGGUUAACAUAGGCUCAGGGGUCAGCAUCCUAGCUGUGUAUUCCAAGGACAAUUAUAAGAGAGUUACAGGAUCCAGUCUUGGAGGAGGAACGUUCCUGGGCCUGUGCUGUCUGCUCACUGGCUGCGAGACGUUUGAAGAAGCACUAGAAAUGGCCGCAAAAGGAGACAGCACCAAUGUGGAUAAGCUGGUGAAAGAUAUUUAUGGAGGAGACUAUGAGCGGUUUGGCCUUCAGGGGUCUGCUGUAGCAUCAAGCUUUGGUCAUAUGAUGAGUAAAGAAAAGAGAGAUUCCAUCAGUAAAGAGGACUUGGCCAGAGCUACUUUGGUCACCAUCACCAACAACAUAGGUUCUAUUGCUCGCAUGUGUGCACUGAAUGAGAACAUUGACAAAGUGGUAUUUGUUGGCAACUUUCUCAGAAUUAAUAUGAUUUCUAUGAAGGUGCUAGCAUAUGCUAUGGAUUAUUGGUCCAAAGGACAGCUGAAAGCUCUGUUUUUGGAACACGAGGGUUAUUUUGGAGCUGUUGGUGCUCUUCUAGAAUUGCUUAAAAUGACAGAUGAUCAAUGAUGAAGCUGUCUGAAGAGAUUCCUACUGCAGAUGCUGCUGGAUAAGAGUGAAAGCCACUACAAGGAUGGAAACAAAGCCAUUAUGGUAGUUCUACCUGCUGGAUUUGUAAAUAAUUUAAAAUCCUUUUAGCUAAUCUUUAACUUCUGGGUUUUGACCUUAUACUUCAGAAUUCAUACUGGGAAUUAUGAGGAUUUUUUUUCUGUACACUGUAUUUUUUAGAGGAAAAAAAUGUGCAAAGUGGCCAAACAUACAGAUUUUAUGGAUUUAUUUUAAAAAACGGAUACUGUUUAAUGUAGGACCUGUGAUAUGAGGCAUCUGCUUUUCUUCUGGGGUUUACUGAUUAGUGUGGUAAUUUUAACUUCAUUUAGUAAUCACUCUAGGAGAUUUUUUAAUCUUAUUUUCAUGACGUUUCAUGAUUUCUUCUUGGUUUCAAAUGAAACUACAAAGAUGAUGCAUUUUACUGUGAAAACUAGUCAUUUUUUUUGCCUUUCCUUUCCUCAUUAGACAAGACACUUUUUUAUUUAACACCCCCCUGCUCCCCCAAAAAAUAAAUUUACAAGCCUUCUGUGGCUAAAUGUGUUUCUUGGUAGGACUGUGAGAAGGCUUGACAAGGGUAGGGGGUUUAAGAUCAUAAUUUUUUGGUAGUCAUGAAUUGCAACAGGAACAGACUGCCAACUGGUUUUGCAGGACUAAUUUUUCUCUAUAAUAAAAAUCUUAAACAAGAUGUGAAUUAAAAUUUUAAUUUGAAUUGACAAUUAAAUUGAAUUGUUUCUGUUUAAAAGCUCUGAUCUGAAGAGUUCUGUAGUAGAGAUAUUAUUUAUAUGGUACAUACUUGGCAUUAGAUGGUAAAGGGAGAUUGUUUUCAUUUAUUUUUCUGUAGUCUGCAAGUUUUAACUUGUUCUUAAUUGAAAACAACUAAUAACUGCAUUAUUCAAAGCCCAGUUACUAAAAUGAGAAAAGUACAGACUAAUGUACUUUCUGCUUUUAAGUUAAUGUGAACUUUCCCUCUGAGGCACUAAAAUUUGAAUGUUCACUCCAAUGCAGUAUUUUCUACCUUUUUGAUUUGUGGACCUCUCUAGAUUUUUUUUUUCAAGUUGAAUUGAGACCCCUUUGAAAUCUAUGUACUUAGGUUGCUGCAGGGCAUAUAUAAAGUUGCUUUUCUUAGACACCUUGAGGACUCACAAAUGAGAGGCUGAAGACGAGUUCAUAAAUGAUUUUGUCUUGCAAGACUGUAUAUGAUGUCACAUAAUGUAAAGGAUCAUCAGAGGGACAAUAUAAAAUUCAGACACAUGUAUUAUCCAGUAUAUUUUUGGAAGGGGGUUUAUUUCACUUUUCUAAGUCAUUCUUUUCCAUAUCUCCCAAAUGCUGAAAAAAGGUGAUAUUAACUGAAGUGUUAACUUGUCUAAUGGAAAUAAAGACCACUACUGUUUUGACAGUUUUAA